GUAUGCGUAAUGCGCAUGCGUGUGUAGUAACGAACUUUAAUACGUUGUAAAUGCUUCGUGAUCGUGUGACUAGUGAAUGAAAAGGGAUUUAAAUAUCACACGAUGGAAUUUACAAAGGAAAAAACUCUUGCAAUGAGAAAUAAAUUAAUCGGGCAGUCGUGCAGACUCUUCUACUCGGAUAAUCCAGUAAAAAUAAUAAGAGCAAGAGGACAGUAUCUGUUUGACGAGAAUGGGACUCAGUAUUUGGACUGCAUCAGUAAUGUUCAACAUGUGGGACAUUGUCAUCCUAGCAUAACAGAGGCUGCAGCUGCACAAAUGAACCUCCUAAACACUAAUACAAGAUUCUUGCAUGACAAUAUAGUCACGUAUGCUGAUCGACUAGCAGCCACACUCCCCGAAAAGCUUCGUGUCUUCUACUUUGUCAACUCUGGAUCAGAGGCUAAUGACCUGGCUCUACGCUUGGCUCAGCAAUACACUCAAAAUGAAGACGUCAUUGUCCUUGAUCAUGCAUACCAUGGACAUCUAACAUCUCUUAUUGACAUAAGCCCUUAUAAGUUCCGGAAACUGAAAGGACAAAAAGAGUGGGUUCAUGUGGCUCCUUUGCCAGACACAUAUAGAGGCAUGUAUGGAGCUGAUCAGCCAGAUCCAGGCAAAGCAUAUGCUGAUGCAGUAAAAGAUCUAAUUGAACAAGUGCAAAGUAAAGGACGAAAGAUUGCUGCUUUCUUUGCUGAGUCACUACCAAGUGUUGGAGGACAGAUAAUCUUGCCAAACGGAUAUUCUGCCAGAGUUGCAGAAUAUGUACACUCUGCUGGCGGAGUGUUUGUGGCAGAUGAGGUGCAAACCGGAUUUGGACGUGUAGGAACCCAUUUCUGGGCAUUCCAGUUACAAGGGGAGCAUUUCUGUCCAGACAUAGUGACCAUGGGCAAACCAAUGGGCAAUGGGCAUCCUCUUGCUUGUGUAGUAACCACUGCUGAGAUAGCCAAUGCCUUCACAUCUAAUGGCGUGGAGUAUUUCAAUACUUUUGGAGGUAAUCCAGUGUCUUGUGCAAUUGGUUUAGCGGUCCUUGAUGUGAUUGAGAAAGAAGACCUCCGAGGAAAUGCCAUCAGAGUUGGCACCAUGCUUAAAGAUUUACUCAGAGGGUUGUACUCCAAACAUGAAAUAAUUGGUGAUGUACGAGGUGUGGGGCUAUUUGUGGGCCUUGAACUUGUCACAGACAGAGCACUGAAGAUUCCAGCAACAAAUACUGCAGCUUAUGUAGUGAAAAGGUUGAAGGAGGAUCAUAUUGUCGUCAGUACAGACGGCCCUUGGGAUAAUGUGUUGAAGUUUAAACCUCCCAUGUGCUUCAGUAUGGAUAAUGCAAAACAUGUGACACAAUGUAUUGACCGCAUCCUUACAGGUAGGAAACUUACAAUCUCUAUGACUACAGUGCUUUAUCUUGUGUCUUUAAUUCCCCCCAAACCAGAUAUCAAGACCAUGGACCUUAAGCUGGAAAAAGACGACAUCUAAAAAGUGGCAUUUGUGGUGCCCAAACAACAAGCAGCUGAGGGGGAAAAAAACCUACAACUUCAACACUUUGUAAUAAACGUUUACAUUAUAUCGUGUGCCUUUCCUGGUAAUGAUUUAAUUCACCCACAAUGAUCAACACAUCUUGGUACAAAGUAUAGUAAGCACUUACCAGACUACCAUUCACAUUUAAGUAAAUUUCUCAUAAGCAUUCA